AGAUGAAGAAGCAAAGAAUAAAGCGACAUGGGAAUGAAUUGAUAUUAGCGAAUCAGCCUCAUCAUGACGUAUUUCUCCAAUUCAUGCGAACUAUUUUCCGAGCUGCACGUUGGUUUGGCAUCGCAGGAAGCGGUAGCUUACUAUGGCAACUAUGGGGUGUAUGUGUGUUAGUUUUCUUGAUAGCAAUACAGUGUGGCGCUAUUGUGAAGGUUAUUAGAGCUUUGGCUGGCUGGGCAAGGGAUACUAGUAACCAGAGAAGCGUAACCGCUCGUUUAGCAGGUGCAAUGUUCUAUGCAGCAUCUCUGCUGUCACAAAUAUUGUGUUGGAAGGUAUCAUAUCAAUGGAAAAACUUGUAUAAGUUCUGGGCAUCUAUAGAAUGGGUGCUCAGUAUCAAAUAUGUGCCGCAGGAUAGAAAUUUGCGACGACGGUUGAUCGUGGUUACAGCUGUUAUAAGCGUUUUUUCAGCAGUGGAACAUAUUUUAAGUAUUUUAGCAACAACGGGGCUCGAUUGUCCAGUUGCGGAUAUUUUAAAGACGUAUAUAUUGAAAUCACAUGGAUUUCUGCUCAUGGAACAGGAUUAUAAGAACUCGAUAGCUGUGCCGGUGUUUUUUACGAGCAACGUUGCGACCAUUUUGUGGAACUUUCAGGAUCUUCUCAUUGUACUAAUAAGUAUAGGAUUGACGUCUAGAUACCAUAGACUUAAUAUGUGUGUGGCGACUGUGUGCAACAAACUUAAGGAACAGAAGUGGUCUAAGGAUGCAGAAAUACUCCAAGUGUACAUGUGGCGAAAGAUCCGGGAAGCCUACGUGAAGCAGGGCUUGCUUGUGAGGAAGGCGAACGACGCGCUCGGCUCGUUGAUACUGUUCUCUAACUUCUUUAAUUUCUAUUUUAUUUGCUUGCAACUGUUUUUGGGCAUUACGCAGGGAAUGGCAGGCGACCGCUUCCAGCAAAUGUACUACCUAGCAUCCUUACUAUGGCUUUGCUUGCGAUCCAGUUUCGUAGUUCUAGCUGCUGCUGACGUGUACGAACAUUCUAGAAGAGCCCUACCAUGUUUGUAUUCAUGUCAUGCACGAUGCUUCAAUAUUGAGAUUGAAAGACUCCAAGAUCAACUAAGCAAAGACAACGUCGCUGUAAGUGGUUUGGGAUUCUUCUAUUUAACAAGAACGGUAUUACUGCAAGUAGCAAGCUCCGUAGUAACCUAUGUGCUUGUUUUAAUUCAAUACGACAAUUCAGAUAAAAGUGAAAACAGUAUUCCUGCAAAUGGCCCUCUACAUAAUGCUACAGUUAUGAAAUAAAUAUA